UUAUUUUAUGUAUACCCUCCACUUCGGAUUUUUGCUCAUUUUGAAGGAGAAGAUGUUAACCAGCAGCGCAAGCCUCAUCUCCUGCUACUCUUCCCUCCCCCACAAGAAGAAGAGCUGCCCUACACCUGGAUUUUCAGCUCAAUCCCCAAAUUCCAAAAACCCAUUUCUCAGGACCUCAAUUCCUUCAAGAUUAUUAGGACCCUGCAGGGCCAUACCCACAAUCUCCCAUCUCCACAAGAAGGGUUUGGAGAAAGAAGCUUCGAGAGUUCUCAGAACCUCAUCUCCUUCAAGAUCUUUCUGGGCUUUUCGUUACAGACCCACAAUCUCUAAUUGCCAGAAGAAGGGUCUGUUGCAGAGAUGUCAAAGCUCUAUGAACAACCAGAAUUCCCAAGAUUCAGUUUUAGAGGAAGAAGCUAGCUUGGAGAGGGAGAUGAAUGGCAGUGAAGAUAGUUCUGGUGGGGAGAGUGGGGACUGGACGACGUCGUUUUUGCUUUUCCUGCUGUGGGCUGGGCUCAUGUACUAUGUCUUCAACCUCUCGCCCAACCAGACUCCGUUAAGAGACAUGUAUUUCUUGAAAAAGCUUCUGAAUCUGAAGGGAGAUGAUGGGUUCCAGAUGAAUGAAGUGCUAGUUUCUCUAUGGUACAUCAUGGGUUUGUGGCCUCUUGUAUAUAGCAUGCUGCUGCUUCCAACUGGUAGAAGCUCAAAGAGUAAAAUCCCAGUCUGGCCAUUCCUUGUGCUUUCUUUCUUUGGUGGGGCAUAUGCUCUUCUGCCCUAUUUUGUUCUUUGGAGACCACCAUCUCCACCUAUUGAAGAAGCUGAACUCCGAGGGUGGCCUCUAAAUUUUCUGGAGUCAAAGUUAACUGCUGGGUUUAGUUGCUUGGAAACAGAAAGUUUACCAACUCCACAUCAGAUAUCACUUGCUGCAGGACUAGGUCUAAUCAUUUAUGCUGGUUUAGCUAACGCUGAUGUCUGGAAGGAAUUUUACCAGUACUUCCGGGAGAGCAAAUUUAUCCAUCUCACCAGCAUCGAUUUUGCUCUGCUAUCUGCAUUUGCUCCCUUUUGGGUUUACAAUGAUAUGACUACUCGAAAAUGGUAUGGCAAAGGCAUUUGGCUUCUUCCCUUUUCACUGAUCCCGCUCUUGGGUCCUUCUUUGUAUCUUCUCCUUAGGCCAUCGUUAGCUUCAGCACCUGUUUCCUUGAGCCCAACCUCUGCCGAAGAUAAAUAGUACACAAACUCUUUUCUUUUGCUUUUAGGUUUUUUGGUUUAACACAGAGAUGAAACAGAGGUACUGCACUGAGCAGCCCCGAAACUUGAGUAGGAAGAUUUCAAAUUUCAUGUUUACUUAAUAUUACGUCCAUUUUGGUGGACGUGGUUGUACAGAUGGAUGACCAAUGGAGCCAAACUCUAGUUAUAUUAAUGGGCUAUGCUGAGAACUGUGUUAUAA